AGAGUCCUUGGAGGAAAAUGGAUUUAAAUGGCUCCCUAAUAUCUAUAAAUACCCAGAACCGUGAGAGGUGGGAUCCCAUUCAAUUUUCUCUAUACCAAUAAAAAUCUUCUUCUCAUUCGUUUCCUCUCGCUGUGAAGUUCUAGCUUUUAAUUCAAAAGAAUGGGUGAAAUCAAUGGUCAGUACACUUACGAAGAAUUGGAAAGGGAACUUUACUGUCCAGCAGAGAAGCUCCGAGUUUCUAUCACUGGAGCUGGUGGUUUCAUUGCUUCCCACAUUGCCCGUAGAUUGAAGAGUGAGGGUCACUACAUUAUUGCCUCUGACUGGAAGAAGAAUGAACAUAUGACUGAAGAUAUGUUUUGCAAUGAAUUCCACCUUGUGGAUCUUAGGGUUAUGGAGAACUGUUUGAAGGUUACUAGCGGUGUUGAUCAUGUUUUUAACCUUGCUGCUGAUAUGGGAGGAAUGGGUUUCAUCCAAUCUAACCAUUCAGUCAUUAUGUACAACAACACUAUGAUUAGUUUUAACAUGCUCGAGGCUGCUAGGAUUAGUGGUGUCAAGAGGUUCUUCUAUGCUUCAAGUGCUUGCAUCUACCCUGAAUUUAAGCAGUUGGAGACUAAUGUUAGCUUGAAGGAGGCUGAUGCUUGGCCUGCUGAGCCACAAGAUGCUUAUGGACUGGAGAAGCUUGCAACAGAGGAGUUGUGCAAGCAUUACACCAAGGACUUCGGAAUCGAGUGCCGUAUCGGAAGAUUCCACAACAUUUAUGGUCCCUUCGGUACAUGGAAAGGUGGAAGGGAGAAGGCUCCUGCUGCUUUCUGUAGAAAGGCACAGACAUCCACUGAAAGAUUUGAGAUGUGGGGAGAUGGUCUACAGACCCGUUCCUUCACUUUCAUUGAUGAAUGUGUUGAGGGUGUCUUGAGGUUGACAAAAUCGGACUUCAAGGAACCAGUGAACAUCGGAAGUGAUGAGAUGGUUAGCAUGAACGAAAUGGCUGAGAUUGUUCUUGGCUUUGAGAACAAAAAUCUUCCCAUCCAUCACAUUCCUGGACCUGAAGGUGUGAGGGGUCGUAACUCGGAUAACACGCUGAUCAAAGAGAAGUUGGGAUGGGCACCAACCAUGAAACUGAAGGAUGGGCUGAGGUUUACAUACUUCUGGAUCAAGGAACAGAUUGAGAAAGAAAAAUCCCAAGGAACCGAUAUGUCCGCUUAUGGAUCAUCAAAAAUUGUGGGGACACAAGCACCUGUUCAACUUGGUUCGCUUCGUGCAGCCGACGGGAAAGAAGGCCUUUGAAAGAAGUGAACUAGUAUUUAUUUGCACCUGAGAAGUAAUGUCCUGGGAUCUAUAUAUGUAUUUUCGUAAUGUUUUCAAACCAUAUUUGCGGUAUGGAAACAGCAACUCAGAUUGCAAUUUAGUUUGUGAGUUUCCUGUUAUUGUUGCUUUUCCGUAUAUAAGUAGGGAUGUUCUUUACUCUUGUGCAUUGCUCAAGCUUUUGGGCUGAGCUUUUAUUUCAGGAUGAUGUAAUGUGGAAGUAAUAUAUCCUUGCUUUCAUUUUGGGUGCUAUUUAAUACUUGUUCCUA